AUGUGUCAACACAAAGUCUUCUACCUGCACAUCCGAGACAUAGACAAUGCCAAGCGCUCCGCCUCAGCAGAGUGCAACACAGAGGAUAGAGCGGUGAGGAAGGCGCGGGGUGACCCUGAGACCUCGACACAAAUGCGUGUGAGAAAAGACAAUCUCUGUGAUAUCCCUCGCAAGGUGCCUCGUUUCCAGUAUGUGGAUUUCCCUUCUCUGCACCAGUGCAUCCAACAGCUUUCUGUGCCUCCACCCAACGGUUGGCUGGGAUCCUGCUCAUUGACAAAGGCACCAGACUACAGGCCCACCAGUCCUAAGGAAAAGGUUCCCAAGUUUAAAUAUGUGGACUACCCAUCUCUCUACCACUGCAUUCAGCAGCUGUCCGUACCUCCAUUAGAAAGCUGGAGCGCAGGGCUGGUCAGGUUUAAUGCAGAGGGGAAACAGGACGACUCUGGGACUGUGAAGAAUAACCUAAGGAAUGAGGCAGGAGAUCAAAACAACGAGAACAGGAAUAGAGUUACUGCAUUUUCUUUCCCAAGAGACACACACACCUCAGUCUCAGGUAAGGAGGAGAGGCCUCAAUACGACUACACCUCAGAGGUGCGACAGAAGUUAGAGAAAGGUAACGCACCUCUAAGGUCCUGUGCUACUAAACCAAAAGCUGUUUUACAAUCAGAUUGCGGAUUCAGAUCAGAAUCUGGUUCUGGAUCUCAUAGCGAUGCAGCGGUGGUGAGAAACGACAGACCGUCGGUUAUUAACAUGGUGCACACAGAUAAACAGAAGCACUGGAUAAAGGCAGAUCACCUGGAAGAACAACUGAACUCUCCUGAUUCAGUCAGACAGGUACCGUGGAAUACCCUCCCCGAGUCAGUCUGCCCAUUCUGCCAACAGAUGUUCACAAACCCUGAGCAGUUCAGGGCUCAUCAGCAGAGCCAUAGAGAUAAGAGACCAAACUGAUGUGCAGAAGUACUGAGUGAGAACUGCUUUUGGCAAACAGUUAAUGCCACAUCAUAUGGAAUCGUAUCAUCAGAGGCCUUCUUGUGUUGUGACUGGCAAAAGUUUUAUUGCUGGCAGGACUAUAGGGAGAUCAAAGACACAUUAAACACGUUUGGGUUCAGACCUUAGGGAGAAUGCAAGACUUUGUCUUGACUGAUGUUAUGAAAUCUAAAAGGCAGAACUGGACAGACCGAAACAAACAAGCAUACAAUAUGCAUGCACAUACAGUACACUUACAAGAGUGCUGACGCACACACACACAGUAUCCUAUUCAUGAUUCAGAAGAGGUCAAAAUCACAUAAGGACCAUCAGACAUAAUGGGGUUUCAGCUCAAGACAGGGGAUUAGAGCCGGAUUUAUAGUCUCUUCCACACAUAUAUCAGCGUGUUUACAGGGGUGGGUGACGCUCGAUGGACUGGUGCAUAAGAGGAUGAAUUUUAUUACAUAUGUGUUCCCCACACUGUGUGCAUAGUGGCAGGCUAAAUAUUUAGCUUUGGGUGCCUACAAAAUAAUGGCUAUUGUUAAUGUCGCACAAACAAACAGGCUUGUUAAUAAUGAUUUGUUACAUUAGCUUUUUAUUGUUUUGUAUUUUUUAUGUUUUUGGAAAUUAAUGUCUAGUGGCUUCGAGCUAGUAGCUUUAAAUCUUAAAAAUGUACCACUUGUUUUCAAGUAUUUAAUUGUGAGUAAAGAUUUUUUCAUACAGAAAUAAAUGUUUGACUUUUCAGUACAGGCAUGCGCUCUGCAAGAAAACUUGUUUGACAGGUUACCUCUCAGGUUCUUAGAUGAAGUAUUUAUGCUUUAUAUAAACAUAAGAGCUAAUCCAACAUCAACAUCUACAGUAGCAAAACUCACUAUUUACAUUUAAACCUUGAGUCUAAAUGGAUUUUUUUAUAUUAUGAAAUAUGUAUAUUGACCUUUUGUUUAUAAACUUU